AUGAGAGAUCUUCUGAAUAAAUUAACUUUAGAAAAUAUAGCAAAUGUUAAAAUAAGAGCAUACAAGAAUGAUAAUUUUGUUGAUGAAAAUGAAAAAAAAGAGAAAAAAAAUGAAGACAAUUUUUACAACGUCUAUAUUCUAACAUAUAUAAAGCAUAUUGUAAGAAUAAAAGCGAACUUAGCUUUACAUGGAGGAUUAUAUAGUAAUUAUUUUGAAAAAUAUGAAGAAGAAUCUAUAUCCAACAUAAUGCUUGAAAAUUUAUUAAAUAAAAAUGAUUUAAAUAAAGAAAACAGCGAAUAUAAUGGAAAAACUGAUAAAAAUAUAAAAUAUUAUAGAGAUAUGAAAAAAAAUGAAAUUAAUGAAGAUAAUAAAAGAGAUUUAAAUUAUUCUAUUAAAGAAUUAUUAAAAAAAUUAAUUAAAUCUUAUAAAAUUAGAGAAAAUAAAAUAUUUCUAGUAACAGGAAUGAUGGGGUGUGGAAAAACAACUUGUGUAAGUUUAGCAAUUGAAUAUUUUAAUAAAUUUUUACAAAUUGAAAAAAAUAUGCAACAUAAAAAUGAUAAAAAAAGUGUUUUAUUUUUAUCAGUUGAUGAAAAUAAUAAUAAAAAAACCUAUAAAAAAACUCCUUAUACAUCUAAAAGUUAUGAACAGGGGGAUGUUAGUUAUGAAUCUCUAUCAACUAAUGAUAAAAAAAUAAGAAUAAAUUAUAAUGAGCCACUAUUUAAUUUUACACCAAGAAAAAAAAAGAAAAGAAAAACAAGUAAUUCUUCAGAAGAUGAAGAUGAUGUGAUAUGUAAUUCAAAUAAAAAGAAAGAUAAUUCUUUAAAUUUAAAUCUUGAACAAAUAAAUAAUAAUAUAAAAAAUAUUUUUGAAAAUGAUGAUUUAUCACCCUUAAGAAAAAAUGCAAAUAUAAGAAAUAAAAUCCAGUUUGAACAAAUUUUUAAGGAACAUGAAACUAGUAAUAUUGGAGAAGGUAAUGAAAAUGAAAACUCAGAAUUUAAUGAAAAAUAUAGAAAGAUUGUAGAAGAAAUUAAAGCAGAAGAGAAUGAAGAAAGGUGUAUUUAUACAAUUCGAAUUAGUGCAUAUUUAUAUAAAGACGAUUUACAAUGUAUUAAAUCUAUCUUAUCGCAAUUGUAUAAUUAUCUUAAUAAAGAGGAAAAGAUGGAGACAAAUUUAUUAUUAAAUGAUUAUAUAAUAAAAUUAGAAAAUAUAUUAAUUGAAAUAAACAAUAAUAAAAAACAAACAUUAUUGAUUAUUGAAAAUGUAGAAAAAUUUUGCUUACAAAAUAAGCAAAACUUAUUGUAUACCUUAUUUGAUUUGUUACAUAAAAAAAAUAUUUGUAUUAAUAUAAUUUGUUUAACUAAUGUAUUAGAUAUUACUCAAAAUUUAGAGAAAAGAAUUAAGUCAAGAUUUACCUUUGAGAUGAUACAUAUAUCUCCUAUUUUAAACAUAGAUGAAAUUUCUAAAUUGGUGUAUAAAAUAUUAUAUGUUAAUUUAGAUGAUUUUCAUCUCAUUAAAAAAUAUUACUCCGUUUACUUUUCUUAUAGUGAUCUAAUAAAAAUUCAAAAAUUUUUACAAAUUUACAAUUCAACUAUGCAAAAAGAAAUAGCUGAUUCACAUUUAUUAAAACAGUGGUCUUAUGAUAUUAAUUAUGGUUUAGAUAUUAGGCAUAUUUAUCACACAUGUGUUGAUGCAAUUUUAUCCAUAUGUGAAUAUAAACACAUUUUAAAUUCAAAUAGAGUAUCUUUUAAAAAUAACACUCUUCUUGAUUCACAUUCUGAUAAAGAAUCUAAUUCAUCUAUAGAAUAUGAUAGCUAUUCUAACCAAAAUAAUGCAAAUUCAUCAAAAUAUGAAAACGAAAAAGGAAAUGAAAACAAUGAAGAAGAUGUAAUAGAAAUUCAAACAGAACAAGAAUUAAAUUAUGAAAAUUACAAAGAUGAAAAAAAUUUUGGUGAAUUAGUAACUACGAAAAAUAAAAGAAACAAAAAUAACAAAAAUACUUCUUUAAUAAUGGAAAAACUAGGUUUUUUUUCAAAAGAGAAAAGGAAUAAUGUAGAUUAUUUUAAAGAAAGACAAGGAAAAUUAGAUAGCACACCUGUUAAAAGUAAUUUUAAUAAAGAAAAUAAAGAAAAUAAAGAAAAUGAAGAUAAAGAAAAUCUUCAUUUUAAUGUGAACAUAGAUAUGAGUCCCCGUAAAUUAAAAGAAAAUAUAAAAUUAAAAAGUAAAGUAGAAAGUGAAUAUAUAUUAAAUAAUGUUCAAUCGAAAUUCAUAAGAAGACAUUAUAUUAAAAAAGUUUUACGAGAUUUGUGCACAAUUGAAUAUCUCAUAUUAUGUGCAUUUACUAGAUUAUAUAAAAAAGAAAUAUUACCAAAAACAUUGUAUGUAAUUAUAUUAGAAAUAAAUAAAUUUAAGCAAGCAUAUCCACAAGAACAAAUUAUAGGAUUUUCCCUUGACGCUUAUAGGAGAUCUUUUUUUAGAUUAGUAGAUUUAGACAUUAUUAUUUUAUCUUCUUAUUCAUUAAGUCAUUUAAAUAUAAAAAAUUUUAGUAAUGAUUUAUUUGGAUUGCAUGAACCUACAAAAUUCCCAUGUUUUGAUAUUUUCUUAGAUAAUAUAGAAUCUUAUAAUCUUAAUCAUAAUUUAAUUCAAUGGGUUAAACAUAACACGGAAGUUAUGCAAUAA